AUGUGUACAAAAUCUGACUACACCGCCGAGUCCACCGAUCUGAGAGGAGCCAAUAGCAAUGACGCACACAUUGAGUACAAGAGUGCGCAUAUGCCUCCAGGCGUUGUCGUGAUCUGCGGCGUCGAGGUCAACGACAACACGGAAGACGUACGGUCUCCGAAUCAGGGUCACUCAAAGUCGCCAGUGAAGCUUGGAAAUGUCACCAUGGGAAGUGCUUUGUGCUUCUGA